GGGGACGCGCCUGGCGGCAGGAGAUGGCCUCGGCGUUUGGGCUUUGUCCUGCAGACCCCUCCGGCUAUCAAUGUGGGCUUUGUUCCUGGCGUCCCCGCCCCCGGAAAAGAAUUUUGGAAGGGGCUGCUUGCACUCCCCUCCCCCCCCAACAAGCAACCAAUCCCGUAAGAGAUGUGGUCCCUCCCCAGGACCAAAUCACGCGAGGCCAGCUGCGGGACCGGGGCCACUUGAAAAAGAGCCCGCCCGCCGGCGCCGCUCUCUCUCUCUCGCUUUCUUCUUCAGCUGUGCUUGGCACUUUGGCCUUUUGUGCUUCUUUGGCUUUCACGUGGACUGGAGUUCCGCUGAUCUUCCUCCCUGGCUGCUUGGAGGAGCCUGCACCCUGAAGUGCGGUGCAAAAGGACCGCACUGCUGCACGCAACGUUGGGAGUGUUUCUACUCACAAUCCAGGCGGAUCAGACUCGUGGCUUGCGGCUGGACUCGUUGGCGAAAGAGGCAGCAGGUGAGAGUUUGGAGAGGAAGAGUGAGGGAGAGACCAGCACAGAAAUUAUUGUUGGUGCCAGAUUUUUUUUUUUUAAUGGAAUAACAGAUUAAAAACCAGAGGACAAUUUAAGAAGAUAAACGGAUAACCUGCUUGUUAACAAGGAAUUUUAAGAAAUGGAGAAAGUAAGAGAAAGAAUCCCGUGCCCUCCAUAUAGCAAAAGCUUCACUUCUGAACCAAGCUUUAAACCUCAGUGGGAAGUGCAAGCGGGUAAGAAAUUAUAUGAAUGUUUGGACUGUGGAAAGAAAUUUAGCCAGAGAGGAAAUCUUAUUGUACACCACAGAACCCACACUGGGGAGAAACCACAUAAAUGCUGGGAAUGUGGAAAGAGAUUCAGCCAGAGUGGAGAUCUUACUAUACAUCAUAGAACCCAUACUGGGGAGAAACCACAUAAAUGCUUGGAGUGUGGAAAGAGCUUCAGCCGCAGAGGAAGUCUUAUUACACACCACAAAACCCACACUGGGGAGAAACCAUAUAAAUGCUUGGAGUGUGGAAAGAGCUUCAGACAGAGUGGAGCUCUUACUAAACACCACAGAACCCACACUGGGGAGAAACCACAUAAAUGCUUGGAGUGUGGAAAGACCUUCAGCCAAAGUGGAGCUCUUACUGUACACUAUAGAACCCACACUGGAGAGAAACUGCAUAAAUGCUUGGAGUGUGGAAAGAGCUUCAGCACGAAUGGACAACUUACUAAACACCACAGAACCCACACUGGGGAGAAACCACAUAAAUGCUUGGAGUGUGGAAAGAGCUUCAGUAUGAGUGGAGCUCUUACUUUACAUCACAGAACCCACACUGGGGAGAAACCACAUAAAUGCUUGGAGUGUGGAAAGAGCUUCAGCUCGAAUGGAGCUCUUACUAAACACCACAGAACCCACACUGGGGAGAAACCACAUAAAUGCUUGGAGUGUGGAAAGAGAUUCAGCCAGAGUAGAAAUCUUACUAUACACCAUAGAACCCACACUGGGGAGAAACCACAUAAAUGCUUGGAGUGUGGAAAGAGAUUCAGCCAGAGUAGAAAUCUUACUAUACACCAUAGAACCCACACCGGGGAGAAACCACAUAAAUGCUUGGAGUGUGGAAAAAGCUUCAGCCAGAUUGGAGCUCUUACUUCACAUCACAGAACGCACACUGGGGAGAAACCACAUAAAUGCUUGGAGUGUGGAAAGACCUUCAGCCAAAGUGGAGCUCUUACUGUACACUAUAGAACCCACACUGGAGAGAAACCGCAUAAAUGCUUGGAGUGUGGAAAGAGCUUCAGCACGAAUGGAGAACUUACUAAACACCACAGAACCCACACUGGGGAGAAACAACAUAAAUGUUUGAAGUGUGGAAAGAGCUUCAGGAGGAGUGGACAUCUUAUCACACACCUUAGAACCCACACUGGGGAGAAACCACAUAAAUGCUUGGAGUGUGGAAAGAGCUUCAGCAAGAGUGGAGAGCUUACUAAACACCAUAGAACCCACACUCGGGAGAAACCACAUAAAUGCUUGGAGUGUGGAAAGAGGUUCAGCACGAGUGGAGAACUUACUAAUCACCACAGAACCCACACUGGGGAGAAACCACAUAAAUGCUUGGAGUGUGGAAGGAGCUUCAGCAUGAGUGGGAAUCUUACUAAACACCACAGAACCCACACUGGGGAGAAACCCUUUAAAUGUUUGGAGUGUGGAAAGAGCUUCAGCACAAGUGGACAUCUUUCGACACACCAUAGAACCCACACUGGGGAGAAACCACAUAAAUGCUUGGAGUGUGGAAAGAGCUUCAGCAUGCGUGGACAUCUUUCGAAACACCAUAGAACCCACACUGGGGAGAAACCCUAUACAUGCUUGGAGUGUGGAAAAAGCUUCAGCACGAAUGGAGCUCUUACUAUACAUCACAGAACCCACACUGGAGAAAAACCAUAUAAAUGCUUCGAGUGUGGAAAGAGCUUCAGGACGAAUGGAGCUCUUUCUAUGCAUCAUAGAACCCACAUUGGGGAGAAACCACAUAAAUGCUUGGAGUGUGGAAAGGGCUUCAGCACGAGUGGAAAUCUUACUACACACCAUAGAACCCACACUGGGGAGAAACCAUAUAAAUGCUUGGAGUGUGGAAAAAGCUUCAGACUAGGUGGAGAUCUUACUAUACACCAUGGAACUCACACUGGGGAGAAACCACAUUAAUGUUUGUAGUGUGGAAAGAGCUUCAGGAACAGGGGAACCCCUACUAUAAACUAUAGAACCCACACUGGAAGAAGGCGGUCACACUUUCCUGCACAUGCACAAAUUGAAACAGGGUAGACUGAAGCUCAUGAGACUGCAGACAAUUCCGAGAAACACCCUCAAUUUGUGAAAUAUAAACCAUUCUGAGAAUUCUGCUUCUGAUUUGUCAUGCUUCCUCUUCAACUAUUUUAUACGUGUGUGUUGUAUCUGUGUUAUGAAUAUAUGUCCAUAAUUCAUUCAAAUAGAUUAAUGAAUAAUAGCUUAACCUGCACAGAGCAUCUGUGUGCUGGUAAUUGAUUGCUCCCCUCACCCCCUGCCACAGCGCCGCUCACCUCAGAGAUCUCUCCACCCUCAUCUGAGCCGUAAUCCUGCUUCUCCUCCAUCCCUUCACUCCACCCCCUCACCCCUCUUGGUCACGGUUAUAAUCUUGCUUGCACGGAAUGACCAAGCUGCAGCCCCCUAUCCCCAGAGACCUCCCCACCCUCACCCAAGCCCCACUCCUGCCCCUCCCAUCAGGAGCAGCAGCAGUGGUUGACCGGGCCCUUCCUUGCUGCCACCUCCAUAACCGCUCGUUCCCCUCGGGCUGCUGACAGGCUCAGGCCAGUCCCUUGCCCUUUCUUUUUUCUCUCUUUCCCUCCCUUCUUUUUCUCUCUUUAUCUCUCCUCUAUUUGCUCUUCCCCUCUCUCUUUCUUCCUCCUCCCUUCUUUUUCUCUUUCUCUUUCUCCCCCCUCCUGGAGUGAACAGAGCUUAUUCAUCUUGUUUCCGCAUCUAAUUCACAGAACUGCAGCUGCCUCCUCCUCCUCAAGGGGCUCUUUCCUCCCUCCCAACCCCUUUCUUCACAGACCCCUGCCUGCUAUCCUUUUUGAUACCUCUCCUCUACAAUCAAGAACCUCUUCCGACCAGUAACAGUUGCACUCCCAACUGACCUUAACCCUCAUAUGCUCCUCCUCUCUAUCUGCAUAUAGAAUCCUCACUGCCCAGUCAGGUGCUUCUGUUCGCAAACUCUCGCGAGAGCUGCCACACAUGGGAUUAUCCACAGGUAUGCCUUAGAGAAUUAAAUAUAUAGAAGAUUAAUUUUUCCACAGCAUAUGCUUCUGAUUCCUCUGAAUACAUUUAUGUGUCAGUCUCUGGAAUGUGGAUCCUGGGUGAAACUCAAAUUGCACAAAGGAAUGUCUUGGCAAUUUUAAUGUUGUUGUUUAAACCAGAGGUGGAAAUUAUAUACCUGUGGCCAAUUGCCUUUUUUUGCCCAAAGUGCUAGGUCAGAAACUGAAGCUCAAUUUGAGCCAUUUUCCAACUUUUCCCCUCAGGUGGUUUUAUUAUCCAAAAUUUUAAAAUCAUCCAAAAUGCUAAAUUCACUCCCAAUGUAAGCUAAAGAUUUGAAGUUGGAGCUUUGAAGGUGGAAACCAAAAUUGGGCUUUCUAUACUUACCUUGUGUUUUACAACUUCCUCCCAAGUGGUUUGACCCCUUUAAUCAUAACGGGUACUUUUGGAUCCAUCUGGUGUAAAAUAAAAAUGGGAACUAAACUGUU